AUGUCCACGGCACAACUUGUCUGGCUUAUAACGGGGGCGUCCCAGGGUUUCGGGCGUAGACUCGUUCAUGCAGCGCUGUCUAGGGGAGACAAGGUGAUAGCUACGUCUCGCAGCAUCGAGAAAGUCCACGACCUAGUGCAGCAGGCUGCUGCGCGCUCCGAGGUGCUCGCCGUCCUGACCCUCGACGUAACGUCCGAGAGGCGAGUCAUAGAAGAUGUAGUCGAUGAGGCCGUUCGUAUAUGGGGACGCAUCGACGUGUUGGUGAACAAUGCUGGGUACGGUUACCCAGGUCUUGUGGAAGAGGGUGGAACUGAUUGGAUAAGACUGCAGUUCGAGACCAACUUCUUCGGAUUAAUGGAAGUGACUAAUGCCGUGUUGCCGCACAUGCGAUCUAAACGGAAAGGAACUCUAGUCAACAUGGGGAGUAGGUCGGCUUGGAAGCCAGAAAUACCUUUUAUAGGGCCUUAUUCGGCGUCCAAAGCAGCGGUUCACGCUAUCACCGAGACGCUCUCCGUCGAGCUUGCGCAAUUUGGUAUCCAUGUCCUACUCGUCGAACCGGGAGGCUUUUUGACAGAAGGAGCCUAUGGGUACCCUCCCUUCCAGGAUCCCGCCAAGAUGAUCCCAGACUACGACGAAAUGCGUACACAAGCCGCAAGUGGGUUCGCUACGAUCCGGCAGGGUAUCAGAGGGGAUCCUGAUAAAGCGAUGAACGCCCUCGUGGAUGUAGUCAGAGGGGAAGGAGUUGCACAGGGGAGGGAGUGGCCGGGGUAUUUGAUACUAGGAGAAGACGUGGAGGCUGAUAUUAAAAGAAAGAUGAAGAAGAUGGAGAGUGUUUUGGACACAUGGUCAGAUGUUACGAGAGGGGUCAACCUCGAGCCUUGA